GAAAAAUUUAACAGUAUUUGGUGAUAUGGUAACGACGUAAGAACGGAUAAAGGACAAAGAGUGACUGACGAGAAUGGAUGAAAACAAAAAGGAAUAUACUUUUGACAACCCAGUAUUUAUUUCUUCUCCAGACGAUGUAGACCAGAAAUCCAAUGGAAAAAUUCAAGACGUUGAGGAGAACGAUAACUCACCACAGAGAUCUCAAUGGGGCAACGACAUCGAAUUCCUCAUGUCCUGCGUGGCGAUGUCGGUUGGACUAGGAAACGUUUGGAGAUUUCCCUUUAUAGCAAGCUCAAAUGGAGGAGGAGCUUUCCUUAUACCAUACCUUAUUGUCUUAACUGUAGUAGGAAGACCGAUGUACUACAUGGAGAUGGUGCUAGGUCAGUUUUGCAGCGGAGGUCCUGGAAAGAUGUAUUCCAAGUUGUCACCAGUGCUAAAGGGUAUUGGAAUUGGACAAGUCUUUGGUGCAACAUGUAUAGCAUCAUACUAUUGUAUCCUCAUGGCUAUAACCUUAAUUUACCUAGUCAAUUCCUUCACCAACAAUUUCCCAUGGGCCACUUGCUGGAAAUCAUGGGAAGAAUACCUGAAUGAAAGGAAUUUUACAUGUGUGGAUAAAGAUUCCGUCAAUUUUUCUAGCAAUAAUACCAUAAGUUCGGCAGAAAUGUUCUUCAGAAGAGAAGUUUUAAAAGAAAAAGACAACAUCAGUGACGGACUUGGUGCUCCAGAUUGGAAACUAACUCUCUUCCUACUAGUAUCAUGGUUUGCUACAUUUUUGGUGUCGAUAAAAGGUGUAAAAAGCUCCGGUAAAGCAUCCUACUUCUUGGCGAUUUUCCCUAUAUUGUAAUGAUAGUUCUUUUAAUAAGAGCUUCAACUCUGCCAGGAGCUGCAGAGGGAAUGAAAUAUUUUGUGUAUGCUGAUUUUUCAAGACUUAAAGACGCAGAGGUAUGGUAUGCAGCUGUGACUCAGUGUUUCUUUUCAUUAAACGUCGGAUUUGGCAACAUUAUUACCUUGGCGUCAUACAACAAGUUCAGUCACAAUAUUAAUCGAGACGCCUUUAUAAUAACAACUUUGGAUACUUUUACGUCCUUGCUGUCAGGUGUCACAAUUUUUGGUAUCUUGGGUAACUUAGCGUACGAAAUGAAAAUCUCACCAAGCGAAGUCAUUGCUGCUGGUGGUGGUACUGCCUUGGCAUUUAUAUCGUAUCCGGACGCUCUUUCCAAAUUUACAUUUGCACCUUGGUUAUUUGCUAUAACCUUCUUCGUGAUGCUUUUCGUUUUGGGACUAGGCAGUUUGCAAGGACUACACGCAAACUUAAACGGUUUGAUCAAAGAAUAUCUUCCUUACACGCCAGAUUGGAAGAUUGCAGGCUGCUCUUCCAUAAUACUAUUUUUGGUAGGACUUAUCUAUGUGACGCAGGGUGGACAAUAUGCUUUAGAUCUCGUCGAUUUCUUCGGUGGAACAUUCGUAAUAUUUGUUUGUGCUAUAUGCGAAGUUUUCCUAAUCGCAUACAUUUAUGGCGUCGAUAGACUGUGCCUUGACAUUGAAUUUAUGAGCAAAAAAAAAGUAGCAAUCUAUUGGAGGUUAACUUGGGGACUACUGACGCCACUGUUACUAAUUCUCAUUUUCCUUUAUUUUAUAUGGACAUUGAAGCCUAUCACUUACGGAAUUGAUUCUCUUCGUUUACCUCUUGGACUUGAAAUAUUUGGUUGGAGUAUACUUGCAGUAACUGUUAUACAGUUGAUGGGAUGGUUCUUCUAUUACCUCUACGCAAACAGAAAAUACCCAGGAAUUCAGAAACUCACCGAAACGUUUUCGUUCAAAACAUGGGGACCUGAAGGACGACAGCGUACUGAAGAAUGGAAGAAAUUUUUGGAAGAGAAGAACGCUACACAACAAGGCAAACGCUCGAUGAUACCCACAAAAAUAAAAGCCAUAUUCCUAGACCCAUAUAAAAGUUGAGUGACUCGAAAUAUCAGCAGGAUAUACACUGAGAUGAGCGAAAGAUAUUGACCCGUUUGAAAUUGUGAUAUAUUUUUUUGUUAUUUUUAUGUUCUAAAUUUAUAUCUGAAAAUUGUAAUUUGUUGUACUUACCUACCGUAUUUUGUACACUAAAUUUAAUAAAAGCUAAAAUUGAAUGAA